GGCCUCUGCGCGUGCGCUGAGUGUCCUUACGGCAGGAUGAGGCGGGGAUGUUAAUGGCAGUCCCGGUUCUUCAAUGGCUGCACUGGUUAAACAGAACUUGCAAAAACGAAUUAGUUGCAAAUUGCGUGUUCUCAUAGCCUGUUUAUAGAGGACUGUCAACUGAGAAGUUCAUGUCGAGGGUUUGCCAUAAAUCUGAGAACGUGACAAUUUCAGCGUUUCCGUUUCUGCUCAAAAAAACAGCUAACACACGUAGAUGAACCGGGCCACCACAGGCCACCCGCCCUCAGCUCGGAACGGUGAACUGGCGUCAGAAUGACCGGGGCAUGGGAAAGAAGCCGGACCCGGAAGGGUCCAGAACGUCAUUGCCGAAGCCAAAGCGGAGGUGUCCACCGGGACACUCAGCCCACGUCCGCGCGAGCCUGGACGCGGCUCUGCGCACGCGUGAGGGGCAGCGCUUCUCUUCUGCACUGUCGCGCAGCUGGAAGGUACCUUUGGGUCUCCAUGGCGACCGGACGCGGUCGGAUGCUGGGGCCGGGAUGUUUUGGCCUUCAGGCACUGCGCGGGUCCCUUCACCGUGACGGCGCCACCUGGGGCAGCGCGGGGGUGGCUGCGGCUGCCGCGGGGCGCUCCGGGUUCAGAAGGAGUCCUGGGGCCAGACUUGCCAGAGGCUCAUCUGUCUGGAGGCAGUCUACCAGUCGUGACCAGCCCAACGAGAAGUCCUCCUCCAUCUGUUUUCUAUCCCUGGACAGAAUGCCCUCUGAAAUCUUGCUGACUAUAUUUUCCUACUUGGAUGCUGUGAGCUUGCUGUGCAUUGGAUGUGUGAGCAGACGCUUCUAUCAUUUGGCCAGUGACAAUUUUAUUUGGCUUAAGAUCUACUCAGCUGCAUUUUCAUCAAAAAGAUCACACUGGAAAGUUAAUAAAGUGGAAGAGACAGCCACAUCUGUGAGUGUACUGUCAGUUGAGGAUAGAGAAGUUGGGUACUGGAAGAAAGAAUAUAUUACAAAGCAGAUCUCAUCUGUGAAAGCAGCACUAGCCCACAUUCUCAAACCUGUCAACUCCUACACAGGUCUUCCAGUGAAAACCAAAGAGGCCCUCAGACUAUCUGGCCUAGGUUGGGCAAUUAUAUUAAGAGAGAAAAGUGGAAAGGAACACAUCAUGCAACAUGUUGAUCUUUCCUUAAAUGAUACGUCUGUCACUGUUGUGUGGCAUGGCAAAAAUUGGCCGUGUCUAGCCACAUUGUCCACCCUGGAUUUGUGUGGUGUGACGCCAGUUUUUAUGGACCGGUAUAAAACCCCUGACCCAAAUGGAUGUGUGACCAUGUGCACCUGGUUCUGCCUCCAUCUUCUCACCUGUAAAUUGCUCUGCCUUACAAAAACUUUGGAAAAAAGGCACAUCUGCUCUCAGAGGAAGAGCGAGAGGGAGGGGAAGAAAAACGUAGUAGGACCACGAUGGCUGUCUUUAAUUGCAAAGUAUGAUCUGAGUCAUUUAAGCAAGUCUACCAUGGUUGGCUGUGACAGACUUGUCCGGAUAUUCUGUCUAAAUCCUGGCCUCCUGGUGGGGCUGUGGCAGAAGGAGGAUGGACUGGCUUUUAUCAUGGCAAAUCUUCAUUUUCAUCGCCUUGUGGAGAGAAGCACAUUAGGCUCAGCCACUCUCCCCUAUGUGUUGCCUCCUCAUAGCCCCUUUGUGGAUGACAGCCCCGAGUACGGACUGCAAGGCUAUCAGCUCCACAUUGACAUGCAUGGCGGUGGGAUUUUCUACCUAUGUAGUACAUUUCGCAACCUCUUCUCCAGGAAAGGAUGCAUUGAGAAUGGAUAUGUGAAGUUCAUGGUGAUAAGUUUAAAAAAUAACAGAGAACACCUACCUCUUAUUGGAAAAGUUGGCCUUGCAUGGAGAACUAAUGUUUUUGACGGCUUUAUUGAGAGUUGCUCUGUAGUGGACGUGACCCUUCUGGACGAGCACAGGAAGCCCUUUUGGUGUGUGAGUUCUCCAGUGUGCAUGAGAUCCGCCGCCUGCCCCUCUGACGGUCCUAACUUCCUGGGGCACACUUACUAUGUGGACUACAUGGACGCAGAAGGAGGAGUGCACGCAGAGCUGGUGUGGAUCGAAGAGACAGAAGAGUACUUCCUCGUCAGCCUGGCCCUUUACCUCAGCGUAGCAAAAAUAAACCAUUGGUUUGGGACAAAAUACUGAGUUUUAGCAGGAGGUGGAAGGCCUUGUUACUAGUGAGCCGUUUGUUUUCCACAACUGGUUCUUGUUGGAAGUUAAAGUGCAUCCAUGGCAGGCUGUCUAGUGCCUUAUUAUUUUCCAUAGAAACUAUGGUUUGUGAGUAAAGUUAGUGUUUGGAAGAUUAAAAUUUCAAUAGCACAUGCCCCAGGUGAAGACUCAGGUGAGACAAAAUCAGACAGAAUACUUGGAAGUCUUGUGGUUUGUGUGAGCGUGUGCACAAUGACAGGGAAGAGCAAGUGUGGCCUCAGACUGGGGCUCAGGCCAGGGGUGCCUCGGGGACAGCCUCGGGAGUGGAAGAGGGGCUGUAGACUAGACAUGGUCGCACCACCCCUGGUUCUGCUACCCAGUUCCAUGAAGCAGCAUCUAGAGGGUCUGAGUGAAGGGCAAAUAGGGAACCCUUGCCAUGCUUCUGCAACUUAAAAGCAUGUCUCAUUAUUCCAAGAUGAACAGUUAACAAUAAAGCUAACACUCGCGCUCUCCCUCCUGUCUCUCCCUCCUGUCCUCUCUCUUAGUGACUAGGGUUCACCCUGGCUGCUUGCCUUGACCAUGGUUUCCCCACGAGAGCUUUGCUCUCUGCCAUUAGUGGCUGACCAGAGCUACGCUGAGGAAACACAGCUACGUCAGUUGCCACACCGUGGCACUGGGGCAGUGCACUGCCUGGGUGUCAGCUGAGCGUUACAGAAUAUUGGAGACACCUGAGUAUCCCCUCAGCUUCCACUCCCUUCAUGAGACAUUGUCUUGCACAGCCCUGGACUCAGGGUCCAGAGAUCAUCCAACCUUUGCUGUGGUUACUGUCUGGGGAGAGAGAAACCCAAACCUGGUUUCCCUGGGCUGGGAAGGGAUCAGCAUGUUCAGGCAGACCCAACUUAACCCUUGGGCAUUUUGCUUUGUUUGCUACAUUGUAUUUGGGAUAUAUUUGUUUUUACAUAUGACUGUAUUACAUGUGAAUAUAUUCAUAGGCAUAUAAUAAAAGAAUGUGUUUUUCCGCUAA